GGAAAGCCGUUAAUGGAGGGCAAUUGGCAAGCUUUUACAUUUUUUGUCAUUUAAUUUAUAAAAUUACAACUCAGAUAAAAGAACCGGUUCAUCUAUAAUAGACCAUUAAAGAUAUUUGGGCAUUCAGAGAUUUAUGGAGAGUUUCUAGAGAGAGAAAGAGGAGGAAGAAGACGACGGCCAUGGAGGAUUCCACCGAUUCCAUAGCCGUUGAUAUGGAAACUAUCUAUCUUGGUGGAAAGGAACACAUCAUUCGAACGGGUCAUGGUUGUGUGUCUGUUAUCUUAUACGGAGAUGAAGAAAAACCACCAUUGAUUACUUAUCCUGAUGUAGCCCUGAAUCACAUGUCAUGUUUCCAAGGACUCUUCUUCAGUCCCGAAGCAGCGUCUUUGCUUCUACACAAUUUCUGCAUUUAUCACAUCACUCCACCCGGUCACGAGUUAGGAGCUGCAUCCAUUUCCCCGGAUGUUCCCGUCCCGUCUGUCGAUGAUCUUUGUGAUCAAAUUCUAGAGGUCCUUAAUCAUUUUAGGCUCGGUGCAGUGAUGUGCAUGGGGGCGAUGGCGGGUGCAUAUCUUCUUACACUAUUUGCGAUAAGAUAUAGAGACAGAGUUACGGGUUUGAUACUCAUUUCACCUUUGUGCAAGGCACCUUCUUGGACCGAAUGGCUAUACAAUAAGUUGAUGUCAAAUUUGUUAUAUUAUUACGGUAUGUGUAGCUUGUCGAAGGAGUGCUUGCUACAAAGAUACUUCAGUAAGGAAGUCCGUGGUACUCCGGAAAUACCCGAAUCGGAUAUUGUUCAAGCAUGUAGAAAGCUAUUGGAUGAGAGGCAAAGUAUUAACGUGUUGAGGUUUCUUCAAGCAAUUCACAGGAGACCCGACAUUACUCAAGAAUUGGAAAAACUAAAAUGCCGAACGCUUAUAUUUGUUGGGGACAACUCUCUGUUCCAUUCUGAAGCCCUCCACAUGUCUGAAAAACUGGAUCGAAGAUUUAGUGCUUUAGUAGAGGUGCAGGGGUGUGGAUCAAUGGUGACAGAAGAGCAGCCACACGCAAUGUUGGUUUCCUUGGAGUAUUUUCUAAUUGGGUUUGGAUUGUAUAGGCCCAGUGAGUCAGAUGGAAGCCCGAGAAGCCCACUAAGCCCGUUCAGCAUCUCUCCGGAGCUUCUAUCUCCCGAAAGCUUGGGAUUGAAGCUUAAACCGAUCAAAACACGGGUUCUUUCAAGAGGCGGUGACAGUACUUGCUAUUCUUCGUAAAGGGGAGGUGUUUGAGCAUGUUUGGUCUCUACCCAGAGCUUCCAGUGUCGGAAAUCAUGGGAUCGAAGCUUAAACCGAUCAAAACACGGGUUCCUACGAGAGGAGUUGGCGGUAAUUCUUCAUAAAAGAAAAGUUGAAAGAAAGUGUGUUUGAAGUUCUUGUAUGUUCUUUUUUAUUAUAAAGAAAGGGUUGAUGUACAUGUCAAAUGUGUAUGGGUGUAUAGGUUUAGGAAGGUAAAGUAUUCUUUGAACUUUUGUUUCUUGUAGUCACUCAUUUGCAUUUUGUCAUAAAAACUGAAGGACACAUUUGGACAAUGGUAAUGGAACAUUUUACUAUAA